GGAUGACUACACCAAAUCCACCUCUGACUACAACAAGAAGGCUUCGUUCCUCAUGAGCUAUUGGGUUGUGGCAGUGCCGAAUGAAGGCAACAAGUCUAGCGACGCGACCUUCAAUGAGCUGAAGGCUGAGACAGCCUCCUCCAAGAAUGACUUUGCCGACCUGUACCGUUUGGACUUGCCGUCGGACUUGCUCGUUGGCACGUUGGACUCGCUAAUGACGCUGGGUGAAGACAUGCAUCGCGUCGACCUCGUCGUAGAAGGGGCCGUGCGCAAGAUUGAACGUCAAUUUCACGAUUUGAACAAGGGCGGCGAAGCGCUCACUGUCGAUGGCGUUCCCGUGGAGCGGUACUUGCAUCACUUCUCGUGGGACGAAGCCAAGCACCCGCACCGUCGUCCGCUGUCUGAGAUUGUGUCCAUCAUUCAAUCCUCCGUGGGCAAGAUCGAGGAAGAGUUGAAGCAACUGAGCACUCGGUACACGGAAAAGAAGCAGCAAUUGGCUCUCCACCAAAAGAAAAAAGGCGGCAACUUGCUUGUGACGAACCUCGCGGAUAUUUUGACGCCGGAUAUUGUCAAAACCUCCGAUUUUGUCAACACCGAGUACCUCCAAACGCUGGUCGUGGUCGUGCCAAAGUCGCAAGAAGCAGUGUGGCUACAAGAGUACACGAGUAUCGGCGACGACAUUGCCGAGUUCGGACCCAAGCACUCGCGCGGCAACGUCAAGGGCUCGCCCGUCGUCCCCCACUCGUCUCGCAAGCUAUUGGAAGAAGGCGACGCGUGCUUGUACACGGUGACGAUCCUCAAGGGACAGUACCAGUCGGGGUCGUACGACCAAGACGGCAACUUUGAGCCGGGCACGUUGCUGGAUUAUGUGGAAAAGUUCAAACUCGCGGCGCGCGAAAAGCGCUUCAUGGCGCGCGAUUUUACCUUUGACCCAACUUCCCACGCGACCAACGAAACGCUGGUUGCCGAGCUCGAAGUCGAGGUGAACCGGCUCUACUCGGGACUCCUGCGAUGGUGCAAAGCCCACUUUGGGGAAACGUUCAUCGCGUGGAUGCAUGUCAAGGCCGUGCGCGUGUUCGUCGAGUCGGUGCUCCGCUACGGCCUGCCCGUCAACUUUGUGGCGAUGCUGUUCAAGCCCAAGGCCGGCCGCGAUAAGAAGCUCCGCCAAGCGCUGGACAAACGCUACGAGCACCUGCAGCCGCCGCAGUUUGCCGCCGUGGACGACAGCGCGGCGGCCGCCGCCGUCGAGUACUUUCCGUACGUGUCCAACUCGUUUACGCCCUUGUCCUUCUAGCCUUCAUGGCCACCACUACGAACGAUCUCGACGCUCACCACACCCCCGUGAGACUCGCGUUAACGACUACUAACAACAUUAUAAAUCCACCACCCUUUCCAUGUAUA